AGAAUCCAAUGUUGACCCGACCUCAGCCCCUGACCGUACCCCUACCGAGACAGCCACGGCACACGGUCGACAUGGGCAUCUCUGAAGCUUUGCAGUAUCCUUUAUCCACCAUCAAAGUGAGACCAGUUCCGGAGGACAUCCAUGUCCAGGCCUCCGCUUCUCCCCACUACUCCAGAAACGAGAACUGCGCAUACACCUGCGUGCAGGACCUCCUUAAGGCCGCUGCCCAGCUACGUCCACAGCGUCGCAUCUUGGUCUAUCCGCCUGGCAACACAUCAUCGCCUAUUGCCGUCGAGUAUGCAAAUCUCUACUCACAAGCCAGGGCACUGGUCCCCCUGCUCCAGAGCCUCGAUGGCUUUCAAAGGCGUUGUCCGGUUUUGAUCCACCUCGACAACCACUGGGACACCUUGCUCUGGUUCUGGGCCGUCCUGCUCUCCAACAGCCUUCCCGUUCUGUCUUCUCCCUUCAGCCAAGACGAGAGCCUUCGACGAAAGCAUAUUCAGGGCCUUUCCGGUCUCCUAGAGACGCCCCUUUGCAUCACCCGAAACAAGUUGUUAGACCUUUUCGGCCAAGAUCACGGAUUGCGGCUUCACACCGUCGAGCACAUGUCUCUUACUCCGUUCCUACGACGCGACUCAACGCCUUCGGUCAUACUGGACGUGGUCUCCCACGCCAACACAGAUCCUCGGACCCGAAGUCGGACAGACGAGCACGACGCCGGACUAGCGAUCCUGAUGUUGACUUCCGGCAGCACGGGCAACGCAAAAGCCGUGAGGCUAACCCACGACCAAAUCUUCGCCGCCAUCCAGGGCAAGGCCUCCGCCCGCCCCCUCGACCCGACGAAACCGUUCCUGAACUGGAUCGGCCUCGACCACGUCGCCAGCCUGGUGGAGAUUCACCUCCAAGCCAUGGCCCUGGGCUUGGACCAAGUCCACGUCCACGCCGCCGACGUCGUGUCUUCGCCGUCCGUCUUCCUCGACCUCCUGACGCGCCACCGGGUUUCGCGGUCGUUCGCGCCGAAUUUCUUCCUCGCGAAACUGGUCUCCACCGUACGCUCUUCUCCCGGAGACGGGACUUGUACGUGGGACCUGAGGAGUCUUGGCAUCCUGGCGUCUGGUGGUGAAGCCAACGACGUCGAGGUCUGCGUGGCGGCGUCGGAGUUGUUUGCGAAGUACGGCGCCGGGAGGGAUGUCAUUACCCCCGGGUUCGGCAUGACUGAGACUUGCGCCGGGGCUAUCUACAACCUCGACUGCCCUGCGUACGACGUCAAGAACGGCCGGUCGUUUGCUUCCCUCGGCAAGUGCGUCAAUGGGAUUGAGAUGCGGGUCAUGCUCCCUUCUGGCGAAAGGUCGGGGCUGUUCCGUCAUGCUGCGCCGGAUGAGCCUGGGGACCUCGAAGUCCGCGGGAAGAUCGUCUUCGAUGGUUAUUAUAGAAAUACGGAGGCCACUUCGGAGGCGUUCACCCCGGAUGGCUGGUUCCGGACGGGUGACCGGGCUACCAUCGACUCGGACGGCAACCUCCAUCUCCUGGGGAGAGUCAAGGACGUCAUGAACGUCAACGGCGUGAAGAUGAGCUCCGCGGAUGUGCAAACGGCAAUUGAGGAUGCACUGGCUGGGAUCGGGAAAGUCCAUGUCGCCUUGGUCGUCAGCUUCCCCUCGCGAGACUCAAAGGCGUACACCGAGCAGGUCACGGUGGCCUACAUCCCCCAUCAGUGGCCGCCAGAGCCAGAAGACGUGGCCAGGAUCCAUCAUGCCGUCGCAGAAGCAUGCAUCGUCUGCACCGGAUCCCGUCCCGCCGUUUUCGGCGUCCGAGAUCAAUCCAGCCUACCCGUGUCGGCGCUCGGGAAGAUCUCGAGGGCGAAGAUGCGGGUGCUCUACGAAAAAGGGGCUUUUCAGGACGAGGUCGACUUCCACAAUGCCGCGCUGGAGCAGCAGAGAUGGAAGAAUCUGACGAUGCCCACAAAUGAAUUAGAGGCGACCCUUUUGAUGGAUCUGGCCGACGUUCUUGGUGUCAAUACCAGUCACAUUGGCGUCGAGACGCCCAUGUACGAUAUGGGGUUUACUUCCAUGGACCUAGUCCGCCUCAAACACCGGCUCGACAAGCGCUUCGCCACGAGCAUCCCUGUCGUCACUCUGAUGAAGAACCCUACCGUCCGGGCGCUCGCGACAGCUCUUUCUUCCCAACAUGAAGUCAGCCCUGCCAUCAGCCAAAAGUCGUCAUCACCCGAUUCACCCCCCUACGACCCCGUCGUGACCUUCCGACCCGACGGUUCCAAGACCCCCCUCUGGCUCAUCCACCCAGGCGUAGGCGAGGUCCUCGUCUUCAUCGGCCUCGCCCAACACCUCGCGGACGACGACCGUCCCAUCUACGCGCUCCGCGCGCGGGGGUUCGAGCCAGGCCACGCCCCCUUCUCCACCAUCGACCAAGUCGUCGACGCCUACCGCGCCGCCAUCCUCCAACGGCAGCCGCAGGGACCCUACGCGAUAGCGGGCUACAGCUACGGCACGAUGCUCGCCUUCGAGGUCGCCAAACGUCUGGAGAAGGAAAACGGCGCGACGAUCCAGUUCCUGGGGAGCUUCAACCUCCCGCCGCACAUCAAGCCGCGCAUGCGCCAGCUGAACUGGAACAUGUGUCUCCUCCACCUCGCCUACUUUCUGGGUCUCGUGUCCGAGGCCUACGCGGAUAGCAUCGAGGACGGCUUCCGCGCGCUCCCCCGCGAGGAGGCCAUGCCCGCCGUCCUCGGCAUAGCGGAUAAGCAGCGCUUGCUGGGGCUCGGGUUGGACAGAGAUGCGCUGGCGGGGUGGGCUACGCUGGCUUUCGGGUUGCAGAGCAUGGCGGUGGAUUACGAGCCGUCGGGGUUGGUGGAGUCGAUGGAUGUUUUUCAUGCUACGCCGCUCAAGGUUGCUGCGCGGUCGAGGGAGGAUUGGAUUCACAACCAUUUGAGCAAGUGGAGGGAUUUCUGCAGGACGGAUGUGAGGUUUCAUGCUGUUGGGGGAGCGCAUUAUACCAUGAUCGGACCGGACCAUGUUGGGUGUUUUGCUGCGACGCUGAAAGAGGCCUUGAGAAGUAGGGGGCUGUAAUGGAAAUUCAGCGGCUCAGGGGCUCGGGGGCUCAGGGGCUCGGGGGCUUUCUGUGGGGUCAUCAUACGGCGUUCAGGGGGCGAUGGGACAAUAGCUUAGCGGUAUCUGUUGUUUU